GUUGCAAUCGGGGACUGUACAUGUGUUUUAAUAAAUUAAUGUUAAUAUUUUGUCGCGAUGUAUAACAGCAAUUACGUUUACGGAGAUCAAAAUGUUCAAGUACCGGCGCACUUGAAUUUCGGCAAAUACAUGUUGGAGCGGUUAAAAAAAGCGUGCAAAAGUAGCGAAGUAGCCGUGGAAAACGCUCUUUCGGGGGAGGCUUUAACAUACAAGGAUUUUACUCAGUAUGCUGUGGACCUAUCCGUCUCUCUAACAAGCUUGGGAGUGAAGAGUGGUCACACCGUUGGAAUCGGCAGCGAGAAACGUGUACAGUUUAUACCCACAACCUUAGCUGUUGUUUUUACGGGAGCAGCUUAUACGCCAUAUGAUUUACAAAGUGGAAGAGCUGGCUUAAAGCACAAACUAAAUUUGACCAGACCUAAAUAUUUCAUUUGUUCUGGAUUAUUUUGGAAAACAUAUGGAGACAUAUUGCAAACAAUGGAUUUUAUAGAACAUUAUAUUUGUUUUGACGAGCAUGAUGAUAUCGAGAUAUCUUUGAAGACUUUGCGUACAAAACAAACAGAUGUAACCACUUUUGAGCCAGCUACAGUACAAGGACAAACAGACACCGCUCUAAUCCUGUACUCAUCUGGCACGACUGGCAUGCCAAAGGGAGUCCAACUGACACAUUUAAAUUGCAUUUUAAACAGCUUACCAAAAGAUUUCGAAGACGAUUCCCUAAAAACCGUUUUUCUAUUCGGAGAAUGGUAUCAUAAUUACGACACGUUCAUGACUUUCAAGUUCCUUUCUUUAGGGAGGAGAGUAGUUUUCGUGGACAAUGUUACACCUGAAAACCUUUUGAAAAGUAUUCAGCGAUGUCAGGUAAACAUCACCAUGUUAGUACCGUCACUCGUUGGUUACCUAUCUAAAGCAGAACAAGUAGAUCAAUAUGAUCUAAGUUCACUAAACACUAUUUACUGCCGCUCAUCUCCGCUGCAUGGAAAAACAAUUGAAGCUAUCAAAAGAAGGUUUCCGACGCUAAGGAAUUUAAUACAAGGAUACGGUAUGACCGAAUCUGGCGAACUUACGUCAGAGAGUUGGGGUACUAAGGGCCCCAAAGUUGGAAGUGUUGGUAUGGCAUCUCCUGGAAUAACUUUGAAAGUUGUAGAUCCAGAAACGCGCGAGAUCUUAGGACCGAACCAGCGAGGAGAAAUAUGUUUGCGCGGCCCCGUAUUUAUGAAAGGUUACAUUGGGAUUGAACCGUCCACGUACCUUGAUGAUCAAGGAUUCUUCUUAACUGGAGACUUGGGUUACUACGACGAAGAUAAAUAUUUUUACAUUGUCGAUAGGCUGAAGGAAAUAAUGUGUUAUGAUGGAAAUAAGGUGGCACCUUUGGAGUUGGAGACAAUCCUGCUGCUACAUCCCAGCGUCCGCGAGGCGGGCGUUGUGGGCAAGCUUGCGGGCGACAUCGGCGAGGAGCCCACGGCCUUCGUCGUGAGGCAACCCGGCGCGUGCGUCUCCGAGCAGGAGCUCGUCGACUACGUGUCUGCAGAGGUACCGCCGUACAUGCAACUGAGGGGCGGCGUGGUGUUUGUUCCAGAACUACCGAGAAACCCGAGAGGAAAAAUUCUUCGCCGCCGUUUACGAGAAAUGUUGAAUAAUAUUAAGUAAAAUGUUGAUACAAAUAAAAAA